AUGGACAAUCUAAAAAGAAGAAACAUUCCCCAAGUGGCCAUCCCAGUUGAAGCAAGAAACAUAGAUGACUACGUUCCUUUAGACUCACAAGACGUUGAUUCGCAGUCCUAUUCUGAAAAGGACAAGACAUCAAAACCACCACCACGAAUCGUCUAUUCAUCCAACAAAUACAUUGCUUUUGCUCAAGAACACUACAAGGCACUUACCUUGGCUGGCUUGACUCUUUUGUCAUUCUGGACACGUUUCCGCCUCAUCGGUUGGUCUAAAGUUGUUGUGUGGGAUGAAGCACAUUUCGGAAAGUUUGGAUCUCAUUACCUAGAGCAUGACUUUUACUUUGACGUACAUCCCCCACUGGGUAAGAUGUUGGUGGGACUCUCGGGCUGGUUAGCUGGAUAUGAUGGUAGCUUCAGCUUCGACUCCGGACAAGAGUACCCCGAAAAUGUCAAUUAUACUGUAAUGCGUCUGUUUAAUGCUGUAUGGGGUGCUCUGAUGGUUCCUUUGGCUUAUGCCACUGCUGAAGAGAUGGGCAUGUCCUACAAAGCGUGCAUAUUGGCUGGAACAAUGAUUCUCUUGGACACUGCUUACCUGUGCAUCAGUCGCUUUAUUCUCCUGGAUUCUAUGUUGCUUUUCUUUACGUGUACUUCUUUAUAUUGUCUUUCUGUAUUUCACAAUCUCCGCGAACAGCCUUUUUCAGAAUCUUGGUGGCUUUGGCUUAGUUUAACUGGCGUUUCCUUGGGCUGUGUUUCCAGUGUCAAGUGGGUUGGUUUAUUUGCUGUCGCCUUGGUUGGUGUUUACACUAUCCAAGAACUGUGGGAUAUGCUUGGUGAUGUCCAAAUGCCAAAAGCAAAAUAUGUUGGCCACUGGAUUGCCCGUAUUAUUUGCUUGAUAUGUCUUCCUGUCGCAAUCUAUCUCUUCACUUUUGCCCUCCAUUUUGCUCUCCUUUACAAGAGUGGUCCUGGAGAUGCUCAAAUGAGUUCUCUUUUCCAGGCUAACUUGGCUGGAAACAAUUUUGAGCAGAAUCCUCUUGAAAUUGCAUUUGGAUCCAAGUUAACACUUAAGAAUUACGGUUACGGCGGUGGUUUACUUCAUUCACAUGUCCAGACUUUCCCUGAAGGAUCAAAGCAACAACAAGUCACUUGCUACCAUUACAAGGAUGACAACAAUCACUGGAUUUUAAAACAUCCUCGUGGGAUAGAUAUUGAUGAUGAAGCACCCGUCGAAUUCGUCCGUAAUGGGGACACAAUUCGUCUCGUACAUGAACCUACUGAGCGUAACUUGCACAGUCACCCUAUCAAUGCACCCAUAACCACAAACCAGUGGGAAGUAAGCUGCUAUGGAAAUGAGACCGUGGGUGACAACCAAGAUAACUGGGUUGUUGAGAUUGUUGAUGAUAUGAUUCACAAAGACCUUGAUCGUAUUCGUUCUCUCACUACUCGUAUGCGUCUGCGCCAUGCUCAGCUUGGUUGCUAUCUGGCUGCCAACAAUGUAAUCCUUCCUCAGUGGGGAUUUAAGCAGGUCGAGGUCGUUUGUGACAAGAGAAACAGACCCGAAGAUCCUCAUACUUGGUGGAACGUAGAGGAGCACUGGAACGAUAGACUUCCUGCUGCUCCAAAGAAUGCCUAUAAGUCAAAGUUCCUCCAAGACUUCUGGCAUCUUAAUGUUGCCAUGUGGACAUCCAACAAUGCUCUUGUUCCUGACCCGGAUAAAGAAGACAUUCUUUCUUCUGAACCAACUGAAUGGCCUCUUGUAUCUGUUGGUCUACGCAUGUGUGGCUGGGGAGACGACCAAAUUAAGUACUUCUUGUUGGGAAGCCCCGCUGUCUGGUGGACUUCUUUUGCCUCUUUGAUUGUGUUCAUUGGUACAUUUUUGUUUUACAUUAUUCGCAUGCAGCGCAAGAUCAACGAUCUUUCUUAUGAUCAAUGGAAUCAGUUCACCUAUGUUGGUCAAACUUUGUUCCUCGGCUGGUUCUUCCACUAUAUUCCAUUCUUUAUCAUGGGCCGAGUAACGUACCUACAUCAUUACUUCCCUGCACUCUACUUCAGUGUGUUAAUGGUACCUUUCCUUCUGGAUCAUUUCACUGCUAAACUGUCCCAACGAAACCAAUGGAUCGUUUUUGGUGUCUUUUAUCUCUUUGUAAUUGUCGUAUUUAUCUAUCUUGCGCCGAUUGCUUUUGGUAUGGAGGGUCCUAUCGGAGAUUACGAAGACCUUGAAUGGUUUGACAGCUGGAACAUGUUAGAAGAGGACGAUUAGUGUGCGUUAGUUUUGUUUUGGUAUUUUGUUUUUUUUUAUUUCGCUUCUAUUAUUUUAUUUUAUUUUACAUGUUCUAUUUCUUGCAUUAUUUUACACUAAACAAAAAUCAAAAAAUAUAUCAAUCAAAAUACUUUGUAAAAUAUAUAAAUAAACUAUAUAUAUAAUCUACUGU